GGCGCUUGUUGGCGCAGCUGGAGCGACGGCCUGCGGCUGCUUCGGGUCGCUUGCUUUCGCGGCUCUGGCGGUUGUGGAGGCGUACGGUGGUGUCCCCCAUGAGCUGAGUCGGUAGCAAUCCAACUCCGAGCAGCGAUGGGGUACCUGAAGUACAUUGAGGUAGAGAACUUCAAGUCGUACCGGGGACUCCAGAUCAUUGGACCCCUGAAGCCGUUCACCGCCGUCAUCGGACCCAAUGGAUCAGGCAAGUCCAAUUUCAUGGAUGCCAUCAGCUUCGUGCUGGGUGAAAAGAAGAACUGCCUCCGUGUCAAAAAGCUCAGUGACCUUAUACACGGAGCACCCAUUGGACAGCCGGUGUCAAACAGGGCUCACGUGACAGCCGUCUACUGCAACGAGGACGGCACAGAGACCCACUUCACCCGACUGGUGGCCCACUCGUCGUCCGAGUUCCGCAUUAACAAUGAGGUGGUCAGCCAAGACGAGUACCUGAAUCGGCUGGAGGGGCUGCGCAUCAACGUCAAGGCAAAGAACUUCCUGGUGUUCCAGGGCGACGUUGAGACAAUCGCCAUGAAGAACCCAAAGGAGCGCACAGUGCUCUUUGAGGAGAUCUCGCACUCGCUCGAGCACAAGGCCGAGUAUGAGCAGCUGCGCAGCGAGAUGAUCAAGGCCGAGGAGGACACACAGUUCUCGUAUCAAAAGAAAAAGGGCAUCGCUGCCGAGAAAAAAGAAGCACGUCUCGAGAAAGAGGAGGCCGACAAGUAUCAGCGCCUCAAGGAGAGCCUGGCUGAGCGACAGGUGGUUUCGCAGGCCUUCCAGCUGUACCACAUUCAGCGUGACCUCGACUCACUCGCGGCAGACAUGGCAUCCAAGACCAACGAGCUGCAGCGGCACGUCCGCAAGAAGGAGAAAAUCGAGGAGGAGGUGCGCGACAAGCGCAAGGAGCACGGCCGCCUGCAACGUGACAUGGCCAAGAUCGAGCAGCAGAUCCGUGAGGCAGACGUGGAGCUGAACAAGCGUAAGCCAGCCUUCAUCAAGGCCAAGGAGCGGACGGCGCACAUGCAGAAGAAGCUGGAAGCCGCACGCAAGUCACUCAAGGCAGCCAAGAAGGUGGACGAGACCCACCAGAGUGAGAUUGCCGAGCUUGAGCGGGAGCUCGAGGAAGUGGCUGAUCACAUGCAGGAGUUCGAGCAGCAGCUCAGCCAGGAGAGCCAGGGCCGUGACGUCUCACUGGAGGACUCACAGGUUCGUGAGUACCACCGGCUAAAAGAGGAGGCCGGCCGGCAGGCGUCACUGCACCUGCAGAACCUAGACUCAGUGCGGCGCGAACACAAGUCGGAUCAGGACCGGCACGACAACGAGCUGCGCAAACGCAACGAGACGCAGGCCAAGCUCAAGCAGAAGAAGGCCGAGCUCGACGAGAACGUGCGGCGGGUUGACAAGCUGGCCGAGCAGAUCCGGUCGAGCGAGGCAAGCCUCGAGGAACUGCGGCGCCAGGAGCAGGAGGUGUCGCAGGAUGUGGCCGCCGCCAAGGGCCGCGUGUCCGAGAUCAACCGCGAGCUCGAGGCCCUCAUGAACGAGCUGGGCGACGCCAAGGUGGACAAGCACGAGGACUCUCGCCGCCGCAAGAAGGCCGAAAUAGUGGACCACUUCAAGCAGUUGUACCCAGGUGUGUACGACCGGCUGGUCAACAUGUGCCAGCCCAUCCACAAGAAGUACAACGUGGCCAUCACCAAGGUGCUUGGCAAGAAUAUGGAGGCCAUUGUGGUUGACUCGGAGAAGACGGGCCGUGCCUGCAUCAAGUACCUGAAGGAGCAGAUGCUCGAGGCCGAGACGUUCCUGCCGCUUGACUACAUCGAUGCCAAGCCGCUCAAGGAACGUCUGAGGUCCAUCACGAACCCCAAGAAUGUGAAGCUGCUGUACGAUGUGCUGCAGUAUGACCCUCCAGCCAUCAAACGGGCUGUGCUGUAUGCCACCAAUAAUGCCUUGGUCUGCGAGACAGCUGAUGAUGCUAGUCGUGUAGCCUAUGACCUCGGUGACAACAAGAGGUAAGUUUUGGCUGCCUAUGCU